AUGGUAAGAAAAGUUUGGUUUCAGUUGAUAGAUGAAGAAAGUCGUCAUGAGUUCGCGGGCACCGCGGCAGCUUCAGUCCUUACAAGUGUUGAUGUGAAAGAUAUUGGAGACUUCCGCAACAAAGUCCAUGCGAAAUUUGACCAUACACAACCUCGAGGAAGUGAUAUUCUAGCCCGUGUUGCACCGUUUCAACUGAAAAUCUAUGCGAACACAGCGGCUUAUGAUGCUCAGGAUCCUCCUUUGAAUGAAAAAUCAUUGGUUGGUACUCUUGGUGGUUCAAAGAAAAAUGCACUUAUCGUGGAAGUGCCAACGCAGCGACAUUCUGAUAUCGUUUGGAACGAUUCGAAGGUUUCGCUGACAGAUGAAACGAUGCAGGGAAUGGAAUACAUUGAUCUAGUUCAGAUAAAUGAAUUAGUUGCACUUGCUGAACAGCUUGACGACGGCAAGGUUCUUGGAAUUGGAGAAAUAUUGGAAACGCCGACGGAUAUCUUUAGUACAGCAAUCCCGCAUGUUCUUGUGGUCGGUAGCCCUGGUAUUGGGAAGUCGGUGUUUGGGGUAUUCUUGCUGCUGCUAUUCAUGAUGGAGCAUAAGGAUGUGGCCUACAAAUACCUGGGUACUAAGUGGAUAUACCUCACUUGGCACACCACUGGUUACAAGUGUUCGCGUCUUCCUUCUAAUAACGCGAAGUAUUAUGGAUUUAUCGAUGGAAAUGGAGCGGGUGGAGCAUUGCCAUCAGAAUUUGAGCGUAUUUUUCUGUUCGCCAGCUCAGGCACUAAGAAUUAUGAAUACUUUGUCAAUAAUGAUUGCUUGAAGAUAUAUAUGAAUCCAUGGACUAAGGUUGAAUGCCAGACAUUCGCAAAUACAAUUCAAUUGAGUGAUGAAGACGAUUGGUUACUUAGACUCAAACUCGUUGGAGGCAAACCAAGAUACUUAUUUGCAUCAACCGAAACGUUUGAUGACUUAUUACAAAAAGUGAAGAGCUACAUUCCCCCCACUAAUGAUGAGGCAAAAGGCCCACUUAAUUUAUUUUUGCACGAAGAAUUCGAUGAUUUGAUGGGCCACAUUAUAUUCAAUGUGUAUCGCAGCGAGGAAUCGCCCAGUCGCGCGUACUUGGUGUAUUCAUCACUUGUUGUUGAGACGAUGAUGAAAGCUCAUAUCGGUAAUGAAGAUCGCAUAUUGUCGUCGACAUCAAAGCAAGAUUUUAAGUGCUGUAAAAUCAAGACUGACGAUGUAUCAGACUGCCAGCAUCACAUCCCUUCAUCCCUUCAUCGAAUCUAUCAAUAA